ACAGCCUGGCGGCUGCUCCUACUGCUGCUUCUACUGCUGCUGCUGCGUCUGCAUGGUCUGUCAUGAGUUGAAAAGGGCUGCGAGGGUUGAGAGGAACUGCAGCUCUGAAGGCUGAACGCUGCUAAGUGGUCUCCCUGUCAGUGUAGAGGAGAUUGUCUGCAGGAUUAGAAACUUGGACCUAUUACCACUUCAUCUACCCGGAAAAGCAGGCAGUGCGAGAGAGGAAAAGGGGCUAGAACCACUGCGAUAAAGGUGGACGCUGAAAGAUGUUUUAAGAAGUGCUUCAGAGAAACUUCAAGCCACGAAAGAUGGAGAAUGAAACAGUAAGUGAACUGAACCAAACCCAGCUUCAACCACAAGCCGUGGUGGCCCUAGAAUACCAAGUGGUCACCAUCUUACUUGUGCUCAUUAUUUGUGGUCUGGGCAUCGUGGGAAACAUCAUGGUGGUCUUGGUGGUCAUGAGAACCAAGCACAUGAGGACCCCCACAAACUGCUACCUCGUGAGUCUGGCAGUGGCCGAUCUCAUGGUCCUAGUGGCUGCUGGCCUCCCCAACAUAACAGACAGUAUCUAUGGUUCCUGGGUCUAUGGCUACGUCGGAUGCCUCUGCAUUACUUACCUCCAGUACUUGGGAAUUAAUGCAUCCUCCUGCUCGAUCACAGCCUUUACCAUUGAAAGGUAUAUAGCAAUCUGUCACCCCAUCAAAGCCCAGUUUCUCUGCACAUUUUCCAGAGCCAAAAAGAUCAUCAUCUUUGUCUGGGCUUUCACCUCCAUCUACUGCAUGCUCUGGUUUUUCUUGCUGGAUCUCAACAUUAGCACCUACAAAGAUGCUAUUGUGGUGUCCUGUGGCUACAAGAUCUCCAGGAAUUACUACUCACCUAUUUACCUAAUGGACUUUGGUGUCUUUUAUGUGGUGCCAAUGAUCCUGGCCACUGUCCUCUAUGGAUUCAUAGCAAGAAUCCUAUUCUUAAAUCCCAUUCCUUCUGACCCUAAAGAAAACUCUAAGACAUGGAAAAAUGACUCAACCCAUCAGAACAAGAAUUUGAAUUUAAAUACCUCUAACAGAUGUUUCAACAGCACAGUAUCUUCAAGGAAGCAGGUCACCAAGAUGCUGGCAGUGGUUGUAAUUCUGUUUGCCCUUUUAUGGAUGCCCUACAGGACUCUUGUGGUUGUCAACUCAUUUCUCUCCAGUCCUUUCCAAGAAAAUUGGUUCUUGCUCUUUUGCAGAAUUUGCAUUUAUCUCAACAGUGCCAUCAACCCAGUGAUUUACAACCUCAUGUCCCAGAAAUUCCGUGCAGCCUUCAGAAAGCUCUGCAACUGCAAGCAGAAGCCAACAGAAAAGCCUGCUAACUACAGUGUGGCCCUAAAUUACAGUGUCAUCAAGGAGUCAGACCAUUUCAGCACAGAGCUUGAUGACAUCACUGUCACUGACACUUACUUAUCUGCUACAAAAGUGUCUUUUGAUGACACCUGCUUGGCUUCUGAGGUAACCUUUAGCCAAAGUUGAUUGAUGAAUUAGACAAAAAUGGACCACAAAGUAAAUGAGAAUCCGUGCAGUUAUUCACAAAAGACAGAAAACAGCCAAUGCUCAAAUGUGAAGAGAGAGCAGAUAGCCUUUCCACUGCUCUCCCAAGUCCUGGCCCAAGGCACUUUAAACCAUGAGAAUGAUUCAGAUUUUUCUUCUUACAAAACUAGUAUCAUAAAAAUAUGGGAGCAGAUCUGUGAAAUAGCUAAAUGGGGAAAACUAAGAGUGUGGCCCCUUUUGUUUAAUUUGGAAAAUCAAUUUUGUAUAAAAGUUUCAAUAAAAUUCACACAUCAAGUUAGGUGGAGUGGCACCCACCUGUAAUCCCAGUGGUUCAGGAGGCUGAGGCAGGAGGAUCCUGAGUUCAAAGCCAGCUUUACGAACUUAGAGAGACCCUAAGCAAUUCAGAGAGAUCUUGUCUCCAAAUAAAAUAUUUCAAAAAGGGUUGGGGAUGUGACUCAGUGGUUAAGUGCCCCUGGUUCAAUCCCAAGGACCAAAAAGAAAAAAAAAUCCAGACAUCAAUUUUAAAUUAUUCGUAAUUAUGUUACCAAAUGUGAGCCCUCCAAAUUAUUUAUAUACUUGGUAAUUUGGCAACAUGCAGAUUUUUAAAUGUUUUCAUUAGGUAUUUUACUUUAACAAAGUUCAGUUAUUUCAUGAAUAUCUGAAAGUAUAGGGUAAUAUAGGGAAAAACAUUUAUUCAUUGAGUAAAAAUGAUAUUUCUGACCAACAUGUUAACUAUAUUAAAAAUGUUGUUUAUAAAAUUUGGAAGUAAUUUUUAUAUCUUACAGAGUAAAAUAAUCAUUAAACUUUAAUGUAAAAUAAACCUCAAAAUUAUAAAUUGAGGAAGCAUAUUGAUUUGAUUUGGAGAUGAACCAGCUCUUAUCAACUAUUUAAUGCUCCUAAGUGAUGGAUGGGGCAGGAGCAAUAUUCACAUUAAAUAGCCGUGAACACACAAACUAAUAUACAAUUAAUAUUGACAUAUAACAGCCAACACAAGACCAAGUAUUAAAAAUAAGGUUUUAACUUUUUCUCUGAAACUUUUAAGGAAGAAAAUCCUUUCUGAACAUUCUUGUGUAUAAACUACUGAGCCAUGUCAAGAGAAUCCUUCUAACUGAAUCAAGCAUAAAAGUCUGAAACAUUCUCAAAGUUAUAGUUGUUAUUCCAAGUCAGCCAAAAUCUGGCUAUUACACUUCAAGACAAGGACUCCCCCUGAGCAUUGUAGUCUAUGGAUUUUAACAUGUCUGAAAUUGUCUUUUCUUCCUGUCUGCUUGUCAUUAGUAGUUUUUUGGUUGUUGGUUUUUUUUUUCAAAAUCUAGUGACAUUUUGUUUACCGAUUCUAAAUCAAAGCAACGUGAAAGUCUAUUGAUUUUAUUUUUAAUUGAGUUAAAACUGAUAUCAUCCUAUCAUCAGUGUCUUAUCUUUAUAGUUUUGACUUAGACCUGCUAUUCCAGGGAUUAUUAGACAAGUGUAUAUGUGACUCUUCCCCGGACAUUUGUCAGCCCUGCUUUAAUACCUUUUAAAUGACUCACCUACUGAGAUUUGGUCAAUCAGCAUCUCCAAGGGUAUAAACUACCUGUGGUGAUGGUUCAGUAAUCACUGAUUUUUUAAUAACUGGAUCUAAAAGUACCUGUACUUUUAAGCACCGCAUAGACUAGCAUCUUCGCUCUACAGCCUAUAUUCCUAUUUCAUGGAGAUUUUUCUGGAACCUAAUUGCUAAUGAUGACUACCUGUCUCCACCUUCUGUGCUAAAAUACUACUUCAUGGAGAGUCUGUCGUCCAGAACCUCAUUCCAGAAUAUGCUUCUGAAACUUUGCCUCAUCUACUCCAGGAAGACAUUCUAUCAUUGUAUCAGUAAGUAAAUGCAAACAAAGAUUUAUAGAAAAAUACCCUAAAGUCUAACUGCAUGUCACUGAAUAAUCAACUUUAACUGAAUUUUCAUCCUGGAUUAAAUAUUAGUCUUGGAAUCAUAUAAGUAGAACACUAAAGUGACCCAGUCCCAAAUCUUACAAGCAUAUAUGCAAAUGCAUACAAAUACAUACACAUGUGUACAUAAAUUGCUUAACAAAGGGGAUUGGAAUAUAUUAGACUUUUUUCAUUAGGGCAAAGAACCAAUAUUAUUGAGUAUCUAUGUCUUAGGCAUGGUAGGGUAAGUACUGAAAUCAACAUUAUCUUCACCACAGUAUCACUAGAAUUGUGAUUUCUCUGAUGAUAAGACCAGGAAUCAGGCAUUCAUUCUCUAAAUAGUAUAGCUACUAAGGAGGACAAAUGGAGAAAAUAUGUUUUCUUUUUUAAAGCUGACAUACUAAUUAAAUUCUUAUGACCUGAUGGCCUAAUUACACACACACACACACACAUACACACACACGCACACACACACACACACACACAUCUAUAUAUAUAAUAUCUUUGAAGAAUGAUAAUAUCAAAUGUUGAAAAAAUAUGAACAGUUUUACUUGAUAUACAGAACAUAAUAUACUUCUCUGACAUUUUGAAAUUUAAUAAAUGGGCUCAGAUUUUCCAUUUUAAUUUUUAAAAAGUUAUUCACUAAUAAUCUGUUAGUUUUAGACUAUAAGGGAAAUUCAAAAGAAUGCAGUUCAUGCUGUUUUAUCUCUUAAGCAAAUGCCAUUAUAACAUUAAAUGUUCCUGCAUAAUGUCCAAUAGCAAGUUGGAUUUACACAGAAGAGAUAUAACAUUCUAAAAUAUUCUUUACCACACUAAACUAAAUCACAAAGUGUUUCCAUAAAUAAUUAAAACAAUAUGCUGUUGCAUGAAAAAUAAAGUGGUAAAUAAAAAACUGUUGGUGGAAUGAAGUAAUGUUAUUAAGAGAUUCCCUUAAUAAAAUUCCUUGAGGCAUUUUAUUAUUUCCAACUUUAUUAAUUAAUUGCUGAGUAUCAUUGGUUACAUCUUCCACCUGAAGUAUGUGAAUAUAGGGUAAAGAUCAUGAAUAGGGCAAGUGAACAUAAAUUCCCUCUUUGGAUUUCUUCAUCAAUAUUGUGAGUAUAUUUCUGAAGUUUAACAUACAACUCAAAUACUCUCAAAGCCAAGAAUAAAUAGAAAAAGUCCAAACUCUAUAAUCACUCUUAAAGAGAUUAAAUAAACAGAACCAAGCACCUUGAUAAUCAAUGAAAAGAAAUGACUGAUUAGAGCUAAACUAGAGAAGUCUCAGGACACUAUAGCUAUAAAAACCUAGUACAGUAUAACUAAGUCUUAAGUGGAUACUUGAAUUGUUAUAUUUCCAGACUCUGUUGGAAUAAUAAGGACAAUGUUUUGGUAAACGUGGGUUUACACAGUUUGAGACUGCUCUUAAAAAAUGAGUUGCAUCAUUCUACAGUUUGUUAAAUCUGUAAACAUAAUAGAAGAGAAAGACAUUAACUUUUUAGUAGAAAAGAUUUUAAAUGAGUAACCUGCGAUUCUACAAAUUGUAUAAAUAUAUUCAGUAUUAUUUUUGCCUCUUGACUGCAAUUCACAGAGGGAGUGGAAUAUUUGUGUAUGAAAUAAGGAAACUAGAUGUAAAUCACUGAGCACUCAGGAGCAAGGAGUUCAUCCCAAGUUCAAAGAAAAUUUUUUCAAAUGUUUGGAAUCAUUUGUUCCCUUACGAAGGAGGGCACCAUCAUAAAAAUCUCUAGCAAUUUAUUUUCUGUUUCUUUAGCUGUCUACAGUAAAUAGUCAUCAAAACCAAGAUUUGACUGAGCAAAUUUGUUGUCAGGAUAAUACACAGGAGGAAGUCCUAUAGAGCCCUGUAGUGAUGGGUAUUUUUUCCUUUUCUCCCCCUCCCAAUCAAACGCUCCUCCCUCCGUGAGCUUUACUUUUCUAGGAGCAGAAAGAUUUAUCCAACUUCAUUCAAGACUAAAACUGGACAUCAAAUAUAUUAAGUAAAACUCUUAAGUGUUCUUCAAAUUUAUUUAUGUAUGAGAAAAAGUCUUUCUUUGAAAGUUUUUUUUUUCCUAAAUUACUUUUAAAUUAUGGGAAAAAAGUGAUGCUUCUGAAAUUUCUAUUAAGGAUGUCCUCAUUUACAUGAUAAGACUCAGGUGGAAUUGAGCUGCUUAAAAUAGCCUUUUUUUUUAAACACAGAACUAGGCACAGGUUUUGCAUUUCAUAGGUUUCAGUCAAAAACCAACAGCAGGACACUCAAUAGAUGCAAAACUGCUAAAGGGACCUAUGGAAGAAAACAAAAGGUUUUUUCCAUCCUUAAAAAGCUCACAAUCCAGUAAGAGAAACAAGACCCAUGUAAUACCACCUCAAAGAUAUAACUGUGGGUACUAAUUAGAAUAUGAGUUGGAGAUAUUAGAAAUACAUUUUAAGGAAGCAAUUAUUAGUGUAUUUAGCAAUGUUUUAAGAUGAUAUCAUAUACAGAUCAUUUACAUAUUCUGAUUCUAUUUUAUAAACUAUAAUUAGAAAAUCCAACCAUUUUAAUUUUUAACUUCACUGACCACAAAUAAGACCUGAUAAUAUUUUCCUUGUAUGUUUGGUCUAUAAGUUAUGAUCUCAAAUCACUCAGGACCUAGCCUCAUUACAAGAGUUAUACUUUGGGGAAAAAUUUUGUUACUGAGAUGACAAAAUAACUCCGACUAUUGACAUAGUCAGCACCAAAUGAACUUCACUAAUGCAAACUAAAUCUAUGUGGUUCCUAUUUUAAUAUUCAAAUAAUCUCUUCUGACAAAAGUAAUCAUGAAUGUUUUUACACAAUAUCAUCAGGGCUAUUUACAUUCUUCCACGCCAAGCACAUUCAUGGUAAAUUCAAUAUAAGUUGAUUGAUUUACAUUUUGGGAAUUACAUCUUGAAAAAACAUUUUUAAAGGCCGGAUAAAGUAGUACAGUAAAGAUAGCACAUUGUCCAGAACCUUCAAAGCUGAAUGUAGCAAGAAAACAAGAUCGUUUUAAUGGCCAAUAAGCAGCAAAUCCACAUAAUGACUGCCUACAAGUCCUCAUGGAGGAACAUCUAGGUCAAGCCCACACUACAGACUCUCUACUGGAAUAAUGGAAAUGCAAGCACUUUAAAAAUUAUAAAAGUUAAAAGGAUGAGAUAAACAAUAGAGUCAGCUUGAGCUCCUGCAAUCCUAUGAGUGAUUAUUUCAUUCUUCAAAGAAGAAUGGCCUUAAUUCUUUUGCAUGUAGUUGUUCUGUGCCAGAAAAGAACAUGAACUCCCUGAAAAAGAGCUGAUUGAUAAAGAUGGACCCUUUUCAGGAAGAAAAAAAAAAAACAGAUGCAAUAUGACAGUAGAGUAAAAUUCCACCUGACCAGAGGUCUGAAUGCAGAUGUCUGUAAGAAUACUCUAUACUCCUGCAACAGCAAAAAGAUACCCCAGUAAGAAAGCAGAGUAUUUACGUACUAGCCCAGAUCAUAAACCACCCCUCCCUGCUUUGAUACACAGAAUUAGCUGGGAGCUCAUCUUAAAAUGUGCUUUUUUUUUUUUUUCAGUUUUCUUUUUGUCCCCGACACUAGAGAUUUUCACUUACUCGGUGAUUUUGAUGCCUAUAGUUCUCUGAGCACACCUCAAAAACCUCUGGUUUCUGAGCCCCCAUGUGGAACCUCCAAGGCUUUUAGUUAUCCCAAAAUUUAUAAAGAAAAAUUCCUUGAGGGCAAGUCUAUUUCAUCUUUGAAUUCUACAAAUUAUCUAAACUUGGAUUAUGUCCCUAAGAUUCUGUUAAAUGAGUAAGUAAUGAAUUCCAAACCAAGAAAUGUAUUCUAAAAUUGUGAUGAUGCCAAAUUUGUCCAUAGAUCUAUCUUCACAACAAAAUAACUUGUUUGAUUUGUUUCUAUUUCUUAAAAUGGUUCUACUGGCUCAGUGAAAGGUACUACAUUGCAUGCCAGAUGAUGGUCAGAACAAUCUCUUACGCAAAUCAGAACAAUCCCUUACGUAAAUCAUGUGGGACAAUUUCAAUAGCACUCUCAUUUCCAUAACCUAAUUUAAUAAUGAGAAAAAAAGGAGAGUAAAACUUUCCCUCUUCAAGAAGAUCACUAUUUAGGGAGAGCAACACUGACACAGAGUCAGAUAAUAAAAUCAAAAUACGUAAUUGGAAGCCAAACUGUGAUUUCAGACUACAAACAACUGAAUUCUUCAGAGGGAAGAAGAUUUCAGGGAGGCCUGGAGUAGCUAAGAGAACUUUCUAGAGAAACUAGGGUCUCUUUCAGGGAUGGAUUGAUUUAGAUAGUUAAAGGAAAGACAAUCCAUGAAAGAGAAAUAAGACAAAUGCGGGCAGGGAAACACAAAUAAAUCAUGUUCCGUGCAAGUUCAAUUCAACAGGGAUAGACGAAGGAAGGCAAUUAGUUGAAAGGAAAAGUAAAGGAAGGAAAGGAACUACCUGUACUUGGUGAAAAAAUAUUCACUCACACCCAAGAGUAGAAAGUAGAAAUGUAUAUAAAUAAGCUAUGUUGAUUUCCUGAACUUUGUGAAUUUCAUCUAUUAUCUAUAGAAAAGAUAGUAUACUAUUUGUCUUGUAAGUGUUAAAUUCUAAAAGUAUUCUUGUAGUCCUAAUUUUCCAAGUGAAAAAUACAUAUGUAUCUCUUUUCUAUAUUAUAUUGUUAUCAUAUAUUGAAAAGUAUUUAUACAUGUGUAUAUUGUUCAGUGGUCCUUGGCAACUCUGAAAUUAUCUGAUUAUGCCAAAUAUAGAGAUCAGAGCUAGCUUGGGGACUUAGGCCCUUUGUGAACCUAAACUUCAACAAUAAACAUGAAACUGAAAAACACAUAGUGUUAGCUUCAGAUUACUGUAACAACCUUGACUUGCAUGUUGCUUAUGAUGUGCCUCUGAAUGUCUUGGCUUCCUUCUACCAGUUUCAGAGUGUUGUGUGCUGACUGGCUUCAUCACUUGGGAAUUAUUAACCAUUGCAUCCUUGUGGGACAGUCUUCUUUAACAAAGUGCAGUAUUAUGUGCUCUACCAUGGGAAACUGUGUAUCUGCUUCAAUAUAUGUAUGGCAAACAAUAAAGCAUCA